AUGGACACUGCCGGAUCGAAGUGUCCCGAGAACCAGAACUCUACGGAAUGCCUGCUUCGAGCUCUUCUGAACGUCCUCGCGGAGCAAAAGCAAGCAUCAGAUAGAAGCAUCGAUUGGGAUCCCAUCACAUUCGGCCUUACGCUCUUGAUUGGAUUGGUAGCUUCCUUGAUUGCUCUUGCUACUGUCUUUCAAGCUGUUCUUGCAGGUGGGAAAGGCGGCCGUAGAGCAAAUUCACGAGCCAUCGGCAAAUGGUCGAAGCACACGACUAGAAAAUGGAUCCUUGCAGAAAUGAGCUGGAGCUACACGGCUUACACGCCUGCUCUGAACAUGUGGACCCUAAAAAAGACACUCGAUUCGGCAAGGCUUGAGAUCGAAGAACGGCGACGGACAAAGAAGAGAGAACCGGACCUAGGCAUGCCCAGAAAGCUUCUCCUAUGGGGAAAAGAUAAGCUGAGUGUUUUCAGGAGGGAUUCCGUAAGCGUCGCGCCAUAUCCAGCUACAUGGCUUGGUCUUCUCGAAUACACUGGGUUAGUGGGUUACAAUCUCCCUCUUGCGCCAAUUACCGCCGACUACCUUCCCGAUGACUUCAUUACUGUUCCUGCUUCUGCGGAGGUCGGCGUAAUUGUAGUCAUCACUGCAGUUGCCGGGGUGCUGUGGUUAGACGAUGAUUUGUGUGUAUAUCCAACUAUCGUUGGUUACAACUUUCAAUUUGAUUUCCGUCAGCUUCCAGUUCUCGGCAUCAUCGGGGCCUUUUCCGAGUAUCGCAGAUUCGAGAACGGUUCGUUUGAUCGGACGCCUAGCUCGGAAAAGAUCGCACAGGCUAUGAAGCAUUCGCGUGGCAUGAUUGAGCCGCUGUUCGGGUAUUCGAAUGAAGAUUCAGCUUUCAUUAUCCGCAAGACCCCAAGAAAUUUGAAUAUGCAUCUUCUACGCGCAUACAUCCUCCCCAAAUACAAAGGGCGCGAUUGCUUUGUACAAGAUUAUGAUUUCCUCGACCAGAACCAAGUCCUGAUUGCCAGCUUCAUCUUGGCCAAGUCACCAAGGUUCGCCCCGUCACUUUUCCCAUCACCAGAAUGGAAGGGGCAUAACCCAUUUACAGCAAUUGCUCUCAAUGGAAAGUUUUGGUCAAAAGUCAGACCGCGUGACUUUGAGGAGUCAAAUUGGAAGUAUGAGCCUAAUAUGGAGUUAUUGUCAAGGGAAUCAGUCCAGGAACACUUUAAAUGGCUUGAAAUAUCGCCAGACGCUGCUGAUGAGACAGUUGAUGGGAUCUAUAAGCAACACCAAAGACCUUCCCCAUCUGGGGUGAAGCACCAAACUAUUUUAUUAUGCCUGGGACUUCUCAAGGAUCCUCGAGAGCUCCAGGUGAAGAUAUCACAGCUUCCAUUUGAGAGGAGAGAGACGCUUCGCCAAGCCGUACAUGUACACCUGAGGUUGACAGACGAAUGGCUCGCAUCAACUCAGGACGAAGAGCUUGUUUCCCUUCGAACUCAACAUCUGCUUUUUACCUCUAUAAUCUUGUCAAAAGCGGAGAGCAUGACGCAAGGUGGCCUGUUCGAGGUUACGGGUGCAACAAAGUUGAAUCCAAAGCAAACUGAGCAGCAGCAGCAGCAGCCGCAGCCACCACUAACUGUGCAAGAUGUUCACUUCAAGAUGCUUGGAGCCCUCAGAGGCCUCAUGAAAGACUUCGAUAUCAGCCAGAGAAGCUUUGAAGCCGUCCUCAAAAUAGCACAGAGAGAUUGGGAGGAGGGUUUCGAAAACCUUAGACGCCUACAAGAUCACUUACGCCACGAGGUCUUCACUGGCUCACGAGCUCAGGCAGGGCAGCAAGUCACUCUUGAGGACAAAACAAUUCAAGACGAUUUCGAAAAAAAGCUACAGGAGUCUCAGUCUCAGAUGAGGAGUUUGAUAGGACCCAGAUGUGACCUACGAAGCCGCUUCUUCAACACCCAUCAAGUACUGAACAGAUUAGCCACAGUGGUGGGUUGUCAUUCUGAUUCAGAGGAUCGAGAUAGGCAGACCGAGAAACCGGACAUGAUCGAUGAUGUCCUCAUCUUUCGCUCUCUUCUCAUAGGGGUAUUAUUUCUUACAGCUGUCGACAAUUCUAAGGUACUUGAAUCAGGAGUGUGGGAUCGUGUGGUUCCUAUUAUUUGA